AUGUCCAGCGUAGACGAGAUCUUAGCAGGAAUCUUGGCUUCCGUCGGCUCCACCAAGUCCAGCAUCGAUGAGCUCACCAAAAACCUCGAUCAGGAGCAGUACCCCCAAAUAGUCCAGACGUUACUCUCCAAGAUUGGAGAGAACAAGCUCGAAGGCGUAUCAUUAUUAGCAUUAAAGAACAACUCGUUGGUUUCAUACUUGAACAACGUGGUGAUGGUAAUAUUGAGUCAUUUGGAACGUCUUGAAGGCCAGGACGUGGAGAAUGACAGACUUGAAACCAUCCAGAGGUCCAUCGUGCAGAGAGUCAACUUGGAAAAGGGAAUCAAGCCAUUGGAAAAGAAGUUGAACUACCAACUAGACAAGAUGGUCAAGGCAUACAACAGAAUGGAGGCUGACGAAGAGAAGGCCGAAGAAAAGUUGAAUAGAAUAGGCAGUGACAGUGAAGCCGAAGACGACGACGAUGACGACUCCGAAGACUCGGACGAAGACAACUUAUCAUACAAGCCAGAUGCUGCUGCCCUUGCCAAGAUGAGCAGACCAAGCGACGACCGCAAGAAAUCGAGCUCCAACGAAAAGUAUAAGCCACCAAAGAUUUCGGCAGUUGCCCCACCAACCUCCAUAAGCAAAGAAGAUGGCAAGGACAAGGGAAGAAACAGAAAGUUACAGAGUAUGGAGGAAUACUUGAGAGAGCAGUCCGAUAUGCCCACCACCGAAGCCUCGAUUGGUUCUACCAUCGUUGAUCAUGGUAGAGGAGGUGUCAAGACCCAGCAUGACAGAAGAAAGGAGAAGGAAAUCCAAGAAUACGAAGAAAGCAACUUCAUCAGAUUGUCCAACAACCAGGUCAAGAAGUCAUUCAAGGAGAAGCAAAGAGACAGAGAGAACCAGUUUGGUGGAGAAGACUGGUCGAUGUUCAACCAGAAAAACACCAGAGAGGUCAGCGGUGACACCUCCAGAAAGAGAAAGCCCAACACGGUUUGGGAUAGAGUGAAGAAGAGAAAGAACUAA